AUGUGGAACCUUGCGAGACUAUGCCACCCUCCACCACCAUCAAUACUCUUAUCCCGUUUUCUGCCUAGGCGAACACUGCCCGCUGCAACAACUCUCUCCCUAGCCGCUUACGCCAGGAUGGCUUCUUCUACUACGCUCCCCAAGCUGCCCAUCUUCGAGGCCAUAAGUAAACACGACCCGGAAUCAACCGUCGUUGUCCAUUCCUUGUCUGGGAGGUCUUUCAGGUACGGUGGUCUUCUGGCCGAUGUGGCAAGGGUCCGAGAUCGGCUCUAUGAGGCCUCGGGCAAGCGUGAGCUGGAUGGGGAGCGCGUUGCUUUCCUGGUAGAAAACAGCUACGACUAUGUAGUGACUCUGCUUGCCAUCUUGGCGGCCAAAUCCAUUGCCGUACCUCUGGCACCGGCCUUCCCUCCUCCAGAGCUGCAAUAUAUAUUGGACCACAGUGAGGCCGCCCUGCUGCUAUCCUCGUCCAAGUUUGCACAAAAGGCUCAGGAUGUGCUGGCCACCGGGCUGGCCUCCAAGCCGACUCAUCUGGAAUUAUCUAAGUUCCAGGGUAACUCUGCUACUGCUUCAGAAUCCAUAACCUUGGACGAAAGUAGCCCCGGUAGCGCUGGUAUGAUGUUGUACACUUCGGGAACCACAAAUCGACCGAAAGGUGUACUCUUGCCGCAGGAUGUAAUGACUGCGCAGGCGCGCUCAUUGCUGCAGGCUUGGGAGUACUCUUCAAAGGAUCACUUAUUGCACGUGCUGCCCCUGCAUCACAUCCACGGCACCAUCAACGCCGUCUUUGCUCCCUUGAUGUCCGGCAGCACCAUCGAAUUCCUCUUCCCCUUCAACGCAGACGCCGUGUGGCGCCGUCUAGCCUCCCCCUUCAUGGCCGCCCCGGAAGCUGGCGCCAACGGCACCAACGGCACCGCCGCUGCGCCCAAAAAGGCGCCCGUGACCUUCUUCACUGUCGUGCCGACCGUCUACUCGCGCCUGCUCGCAACGCACAAGUCCCUGCCGCCCGACGUGCUAGCCGCCGCGCGCGAGGCCGUGUCACCGCAAAACAUGCGCCUCAGCAUCUCGGGAUCAGCCGCCCUCCCCACCCCGGUGAAGCGGGCCUGGAAGGAGCUCUCGGGCGGCGCAGUGCUGCUGGAGCGCUACGGCAUGACCGAGGUGGGCAUGGCGCUGUCGUGCGGCCUGGCCGACGCCGACCGCGUCGACGGCAGCGUCGGCUGGCCGCUGCCUUCGGUCGAGGCCCGUCUCGUCGACGUCGACUCGGGAGAGGUCAUCAAGCCCGGCGAGGAGGUCGACGCCGAGGGCCGCGAGCGCGCCGGCGAGGUCCAGCUGAGGGGCCCCACCAUCUUUGCCGAAUACUGGCGCAACCCCGAAGCGACGGCCAAGGAGUUCGUCGAGGACGACGCCGCAGCUGCCACCACCAGCACCAGCACCAACGGCAAUGGCAACGGCCACGCAGCAAACGGCCACGGGCGCACGGCCUGGUUCAAGACGGGCGACGUAGCCGUCCGCCGGCCCGUGCCCGCCGCGGGCCAGAACCCCGCUCCGGGCCAGGAGUGGACGCACCAGGGGCCCAUGUACUUUAUCCUGGGCCGCAAGAGCGCCGACAUCAUCAAGUCGGGCGGCGAGAAGGUGUCGGCGCUCGAGGUGGAGCGCGAGCUGCUGUCGCUGGAUCAGGUGGCCGAGGCGGCCGUGUGCGCCGUGCCGUCGGGCAAGUGGGGCCAAAAGGUCGGCUGCGUCAUCGUGCUGGACAAGGAGCACUGCCCCGACGGCAAGUGGUCGCCCAUGGACAUGCGCCGCGCCCUCAAGGGCCGCCUCGUCAACUACAAAAUCCCCCAGGUCAUGCGCGUCGUCGACCACAUCCCCAGGAACGCCAUGGGCAAGAUCAAUAAGAAGCAGCUGGUCGCCGCCGUCUUUCAGGAGGAUUUCAGCGGCGACGAGAUGUAG